GAGGAUGCAGCAGGCGUAGACGUGAUGCGUGUGUGGACUUGGCUUGCCGUUCUCAGCAGUAGGCGCUGCAGCAGCGGUCUCUCUGGCACUCAGUGAAGCCACAGAUUGUCUAAUUAGAUUAAGCGAGGCUUUCCUCAGAUAAUCAUUCAGCCAGCUCCUGUUUUUUUCCUCCGAUGGAGAGCUGCUUGAAACUGCGAGCUUGCUGAAGGUCAUACUGCAAAGGGACAAGUUUGGGUAAUAAACUGGGGUCUUGGAGCUGUUCUGCAGACUGCCUGUUGAGGACCUGUCUCCAGGUUAUGGGCUGUUUCUGGAACUGUGAGUGUGUCGCUGCUCACAGUAAUCGGACUGCCACUAAUACCUGCUGCUGCUAACAGGAGGUGAUGGGGGAAGUUUCUUCACAGAGUCCCUGUCAGGCUACAUCUGCACCUCAGGCCUACCACUGAGUCUGUUUUUGAGAAGGCCUCUGCUGAGUCCCCAAGAAAGGAAAGAUGACCAACAACUCUUUGAGUGGGUCCAAAUAUGUCCGACGUGGCGUGGCCAACCAUGAUGCAGACUUCAGCUGCUCAGUCCAGGAGUUGCGCUCCCUCAUGGAACUUAGAGGAGAGGAGGCACUCACUAGAAUCCAGGAAUGUUAUGCCGAUGUUAAUGGACUGUGUGCCAGGCUGAGGACGUCACCUGUCGAUGGUCUAGAUGGAAAAUCGGAAGAUAUCGACAGAAGAAAAGAGGUGUUUGGACCAAACAUCAUCCCUCCAAAGAAGCCAAAAACCUUUUUGCAGUUAGUGUGGGAAGCCCUGCAGGAUGUCACGCUCAUCAUCCUGGAGGUGGCAGCCAUCAUUUCACUAGGCCUUUCUUUCUAUCACCCGCCAGAUGCUGAGAGACAGAACUGCGGCAGUGCAGCUGGCGGCAUGGAGGAUGAGAAUGAGGCAGAGACCGGAUGGAUAGAAGGUGCUGCCAUUCUCUUGUCUGUGGUGUGUGUGGUGCUGGUGACGGCCUUCAAUGACUGGAGCAAAGAAAAGCAGUUCCGUGGCCUCCAGAACCGCAUCGAGCAGGAGCAGAAAUUCACGGUGGUCCGAGGGGGGCAGGUGAUCCAGAUCAAAGUGUCCGAGAUUGUGGUCGGUGACAUUGCACAAGUCAAAUAUGGUGACCUCCUCCCCGCUGACGGUGUCCUGAUUCAGGGCAACGAUCUGAAGAUUGAUGAGAGUUCUCUAACCGGAGAGUCAGAUCAUGUCAAGAAGAACCUUGACAAAGACCCCAUGUUGCUGUCAGGUACCCAUGUGAUGGAAGGCUCUGGUAAGGUGGUGGUCACUGCUGUGGGUGUGAACUCUCAGAGUGGGAUCAUCUUCACACUGCUUGGUGCUGGUGACGAAGGUGACAAUGAGGACAAGAAAGACAAGAAGAAGGAGGAGCACAAAAGAAAAGAGUCAAAGGGCAAGAAAAGCAAAAAAGAAGAUAAAGGCAAAAAAGUUCAGGGUCCUGGGGAGGAUGGAGCCUAUCUCAGCUGUUGCAAGAAAAGAGGUGAAAACAAAGACAAGGCCUCUGUGGAGACGCAGCCACUCAAUGGCGAGGGAGAACCAGAGAAAAAGAAAAAACACAUUGCAAAGAAAGAGAAAUCUGUCCUCCAGGGGAAACUAACCAAGCUGGCUGUGCAAAUCGGCAAAGCAGGUCUGUUCAUGUCAACUCUCACCGUCAUCAUCCUAAUCACUCGCUUCCUGAUCGAUACAUUCUGCAUUCAAGGGGUUGUGUGGACCCCUGAGUGUGUGCCCAUCUACAUACAAUUUCUGGUCAAGUUCUUCAUAAUUGGUGUGACGGUGCUUGUUGUGGCUGUACCUGAAGGUCUCCCUCUGGCUGUCACCAUCUCCCUAGCCUAUUCAGUCAAGAAAAUGAUGAAGGACAACAACCUGGUCCGCCACCUGGAUGCCUGUGAGACGAUGGGCAAUGCCACUGCAAUCUGCUCUGAUAAGACGGGCACAUUGACUAUGAACCGCAUGACAGUGGUGCAGGCCUACAUCGCAGAACACCACUACAAAAAGGUGCCAGAACCAGAUCUUAUCCAUCCCAAGAUCCUGGACCUGCUUGUCCUCGGCAUCGGGGUCAACUGCGCCUACACCACCAAGAUUAUGCCUCCAGAGAGGGAUGGUGGGCUCCCUCGCCAGGUGGGAAACAAGACUGAAUGUGCCUUAUUGGGAUUCACCCUUGACCUGCGCCGAGACUAUCAGACUAUUCGCAACGACAUUCCAGAGGAAAAACUAUUUAAGGUCUAUACUUUCAACUCUGUGAGAAAAUCCAUGAGCACUGUGCUUAAGAACCAUGAUGGCAGCUAUCGAAUGUUCAGCAAGGGUGCCUCUGAAAUCCUGCUAAAGAAAUGUUGCAAGAUCUUGACAGCCAGCGGUGAGGUCAAAGUCUUCAAACAUCGUGAUCGAGAAGAUCUGGUUAAGAGGGUGGUUGAGUCGAUGGCAUCUGAGGGACUGAGGACCAUCUGCCUCGCCUACAGAGAUUUCCCUGUGUCUGAUGGAGAGCCUGACUGGGACAAUGAGGCCCACAUUCUAACUGGUCUCACAUGCAUCGCUGUAGUUGGCAUUGAGGAUCCAGUACGACCUGAGGUACCAGACGCCAUCAGAAAGUGCCAGCGGGCUGGAAUCACUGUUCGCAUGGUGACUGGAGACAACAUCAAUACUGCUCGAGCAAUUGCCAUUAAAUGUGGGAUCUUGCACCUUGGAGAUGACUUCCUGUGUUUGGAGGGCAAAGAGUUCAACCGACGCAUUCGCAACGAAAUGGGAGAGAUUGAGCAGGAACGUCUUGAUAAGAUUUGGCCCAAACUCAGAGUCCUCGCCCGAUCAUCUCCAACAGACAAACACACUUUGGUCAAAGGAAUUAUCGACAGCACAGUCUUUGAGCAGCGGCAGGUUGUUGCAGUAACAGGAGAUGGAACAAACGACGGUCCUGCCCUCAAAAAAGCAGAUGUUGGCUUUGCUAUGGGCAUCGCAGGGACGGAUGUAGCCAAGGAGGCAUCUGACAUCAUCCUGACAGACGAUAAUUUCAGCAGCAUCGUUAAGGCUGUUAUGUGGGGCAGGAAUGUCUACGACAGCAUCUCUAAAUUCUUGCAGUUCCAGCUCACCGUCAAUGUGGUUGCUGUCAUCGUGGCCUUCACGGGAGCCUGCAUCACCCAGGACUCUCCUUUGAAAGCUGUGCAGAUGUUGUGGGUCAACCUCAUCAUGGACACAUUUGCUUCACUGGCCCUCGCCACAGAGCCACCAACUGAGGCGCUGCUGCUCAGGAACCCAUACGGCCGCAAGAAGCCGCUCAUCUCCCGUACCAUGAUGAAGAACAUUUUGGGACAUGGCAUCUACCAACUGACCAUAAUCUUCACACUACUCUUUGUUGGUGAGAAGCUGUUUGACAUCGACAGUGGCAGGAAUGCCCCCCUUCACGCCCCACCCUCUGAGCACUAUACCAUCGUGUUCAAUACGUUUGUCCUCAUGCAGAUCUUUAAUGAAUUCAAUGCCCGCAAGAUCCACGGAGAGAGAAAUGUUUUUGAGGGUGUCUUCAGGAACCCCAUCUUCUGCACCAUCAUCUUCGGGACCUUCGUCACACAGUUCAUAAUUGUGCAGUUUGGAGAUAAACCUUUUAGCUGUGUGGGCCUAACCCUUGAGCAAUGGCUGUGGUGCAUCUUCUUGGGCCUCGGCAGUCUCCUGUGGGGACAGCUGGUGUCAAGUGUCCCAACUAAGUGGCUGAAGUUCCUGAAGACAGCAGGUCAUGCCACACUGCAGGAAGAGAGCCCUGAUGAUGGGUCUGAUGAGAACAAUGAUGUGGUUGACCACGGAGACCUUGAGCUAAGGCAAGGCCAAGUCCUGUGGUGCCGUGGCCUGAACCGCAUCCAGACGCAGAUCCGUGUGGUAAAGGCCUUCAGGGACAGUGUGUCUCCCUAUGAAGGUCUGGAGACACCAGAAUCUCGCAGUUCCAUUCACAACUUCAUGAACCAUCCUGAGUUCCGUAUUGAAGACUCAGAACCUCAGAUCCCCCUCAUCGAUGAAAAUGAGGGUGAGGAUGAUCCCCCUACCAAACGAAACUCCAUUGUCAUCCCACCGCCAUUGACUGGGUUAUCCACCCAGCCACCUCUCACGUUCAUCCCCAAUGAGAACAACAACGCCUUGGACCGCAUCAUCCCGCUACAUAAGGACAUCUCCAGAUCUACACUGGUCCCUCCCAACUCAGCAGGCCUGCCACCCUGUCCUGGGAGCCCCCUGCACAGUCUGGAGACCUCACUCUGAAGCUCCAGAUUGUGUUUGUACUGUUUUUUUUUUAUUUUUUAUGAUGAGCAUUCUGGUUCCUCUGACAGCUGUGGAAUGAAAACAAAAAAACAUUUUUAAAAGAGACUCACUUGAUUGUUUCUGCUCAGGAGUUCAUAUGCAGAAAGGUUUCCAGAUGUGCUCAUGGUUUUGUUCAGAGUGACGGCGGCUCACACAGACUGUUUCCUUUUUUAAUAGAAAUGAAUUUCUUGUUGUUUAGGAGAAUGUUGUUUGUGCAGUGAAUGAUCAGUAAUCAGUUCUGAUGUGUAAAUAUUCUUUUAAUGUAGUUCUAAUGUUCAGUUUUUCAGCAGAUGAGCUGGCGGGGGCCGAUGGUGAUGAUUCACGUUAGUUUUGUGUUGAGGAUCUGUGACUGAAAUGUUUAGCAUAACCCAGAAGGACUUUUGUUCUUACAGAGAUUUGUGUUGUAGACAGAAAGGUUUGAGGAAAGUGUUUAAUGUUAAAUUUUAUUUUAGUACUUAAAAAAAAACAAACAAAAAACCCAACUGUUUUAGAUUGAUGUAUGAAAAGUUAUAAAACCAAAAGUUAUUAAAAUUUAUGUAAAAAAAUAGACUUUGAGAGCAGGAUAACUUUGACAAAGCAUCACAUCAGACAAAAGAAGAGAUGUAGUGGUUAUCAAAAGUCUUUUCAAGAUGAAUUCACUACAUUACAGAGCCUUCCAGUUUCAGGCUUCUUAUGGGCAGCUGUCUAACAGCACAACACAGACAUUGUAUCUGAAAUAAUAUUUUUCAGAAUGGUCUAUUUGUUAAAAAUUUAAAAGACAAUGUGGGAUUAAAAAGGCAAUGCUAUUGGAA